UUUAGAUUCGUUACAAGAACAACAAAUAGAGACAUAAAAUAUAAAGAUUACUUAAUUCCAAAAGGCUUAGGAAUUCAAAUAGCACUUUGGUCUUUGCAUCAUAAUCCAGAAUAUUGGCCAGAUCCAGAAAAGUUCAUGCCAGAGAGAUUUUCUUCAGAAAACAAAUCUAAAAUUCAACCAAUGUCAUAUCAACCAUUUGGUUCUGGACCAAGAAAUUGUAUUGGAAUGAGAUUUGCACAAUUAGAAGUAAAAAUGGCAAUUGCCAGAAUCAUAAAAUCAUACAAAUUAAUUACAGAAGAGAAGGAAUUAAAAAUAGCAUAUUCAUUUGUGACAUCUCAUCCUAAGCAUGGAGUUAAAAUCAAAGCUGUACCUGUCUAAAUUGUUUCCAAUAGUAUACAAAAAAGCAACAUUGCUAACAAUUGCUGUAAAGAUAAUUUUUUAAAAAUUAUUGAUAAUAUAUGUAACUAUUGUGUAAUUGUCAAAAAUAUUUAAUAAAUAUCAAAUCAUUAAUUAAUAAAGCAUUU